GACGAUCGGUGGAGGGCCACCCCGCUCGUCCGCCAACCAUCCCUUGCCACAGCUGUGCCGCCGGAGACGAGCUUUUCGAGUUUCAAAAAUCGAAUUGUUUACGAGUGUCGAGUAUCGUUGCCGCCGCCACUCACUAGUCACCGCUGUCAGUCGCCACCGCCGCCGCAUCCAGUCAAAGCCACUUACCGUGCAACAGCAGCGACGUUCAUCGGGUUAACACCGACCGCAAGAUUUACUUGAAAAGUGCCAAUAAUAUUAACGGAAUAAAUAAUAUUAGUGUCGUCAUUUGUCACACACCGCGAACGGAUUCUGUGGCCUAUGUGCGCCGUGUUUAGACCGUUGAAAUGAAGCUGAAAACCAUAUCGGAAACCGUAAACAAGGACGAACUGUUCAAAAAGGUUUGGAACCUUUCUGCAGAUCAUUGUAUGGAUGUUGUAUUAAUGAUGUUCUCACACGCAGAAGGUACAACACUACUUGGCACUCACAAGCUUGAACAAUUUAUUGUGACUACUGAACUUUGUCGUUUCCCUUCAAUGAUGUUAAAUCGUCCACCGCUGUACCGUCCUGCUCUAGACUGCACAGUUGCAAAUGAUUUUGUUUCUACAGAAUUUGAACGCUAUAUUGAUCUGGUUGAAGACAAUGCUUAUGAAUUGUCAAGUGCUCCUAAUAGUGAAGUACUAGUUAUCAUUGCAAAYAACGAAUGUCGCAAAUUUAUUUUUGCUUCUCCACGUUUGCGUCCUUAUAUUAUGUCCAAGGAAUGCAUCUCUGUCAUCGAAAGAUGCUUGGGCAAAGGUACUUUCUCUGCUGGUCAAGAAUCUGAUGUGGAUAAAUAGCAAUUAAUAUCUUUUGCAUCACUACAAUUCUCAGUGCUGCUAAACGUCUCCUCGUGACAUAUGAUAGUCUUCAUGGAAAAUCAGUCUAAAAGUACCUAUCUUGAUGCUUGUCUGUGCUAUCUUAAUAAUAAUAAUACUAAUAAUAAUAAAAAUAAUAAUAAUUUAA